AUGUCAGCAACCGAAACCAUCACUAAACCUACCCAGCCUGAUAUCGAAUAUCAUCCCGACUGGGCGAAGUAUCAAGCUCGUUCGCAACGACGCAAGGAAACCGAGUCGCUCCAGACAACUUUACCAGCAGGAUUUCCCCAGAAGCUAGUCUCGCCACUUGUAUGGGAAGGGAAAGAUAUUGAGAAGCGCAGUGACUGGAUUUUCAAACUCACCGAUGCUCAACUUGAUGAGAUUGACGCUGCUCUGAAAAGCUUCAAAGCUCUCAACAAGCCCUUAGGUUAUAUCAACCAGUCUACCUUUCCGCUUCCAAAUCUUCAUUCGACCUUAAGAGACCUUUCCAAGGAACUCCACCGUGGUCGGGGUUUUUUCGUUGUUCGCGGACUACGAAUUGAUAACUAUUCUCCAGAAGAGAACGUCAUAAUCUAUACCGGCAUUUCGUCUCACAUUGGCAGCAUUCGCGGUCGUCAACAAGACACGAGAGAGCAAAGUGGAACAUCGCCUGUGAUCUCUCAUAUUAAAGACAUCACCAAUAUUACUGAGAAAGGCAAGAUCGGUGCCCCAUCAAACACUCCAGACAAACAAGUUUUUCACACAGAUGCGGGCGACAUCAUCUCUCUUCUCUGCCUGAAUUCCGCUGCAGAAGGAGGCGAAAGUUAUCUAUCUAGUAGUUGGAAUGUGUACAAUAUUCUCGCGCAAGAGCGCCCUGAUCUGAUCCACACGCUAUCCCAAGACUGGCCGGUAGAUGGAUUUGGCAACGCAAAAAGGCCAUACACUCUUCGUCCCUUACUAUAUCAUCAAGCCGCCACCGAAAGUACCCCUGAACGUGUGCUGAUCCAAUACGCUCGGAGGUACUUCACGGGAUUUCUUGCCCAACCCCGAUCGGCUGAUAUUCCUCCUAUUACUGAGGCCCAAGCAGAGGCAUUAGAUACGCUGCAUUUCCUUGCGGAAAAACAUCGUGCUACCUUGGAUUUCCAGAAGGGAGAUAUCCAAUAUGUGAAUAAUCUAAGCAUCUUCCAUGCACGAAAUGGAUUUAUUGACGGACCAGGGAAAGAGCGGCAUCUUUUGCGUAUCUGGUUGCGGGACCCUGAAAAUGCUUGGAAGACGCCUGAGCCGCUACAGCCGCGCUGGGAUACAGUUUUCAAGGAUGUCGGAGAGGAAGAACAGACAUUCCCUCUGGAAGCUGGGAAUGUGAGGAAGAAUAUAGGAUCCUAA